AUGGAUGCUCUUCUUCAAGUUCCCGUUGAUGGGUUCAAAUUCGAAAACGGUUCUGGAUCUUGUUGCAAACCAAGGAACAAUCUUGACUCUGGGACUAAUCGUUUCACUUGUUUCAACGAAUCUGAAUCUCAGAACCUUUCUUCUCCGACCGAAUCUACGGUAUGUUCAGAUUACCUUCCUGUUUUUAAGUACAUCAAUGACAUGUUGAUGGAGGAAGAUCUUGAAGAACAGUCUUGUAUGUUGGAAGACAGUUUGGCCUUACAAGCCGCCGAGAGAUCUUUCUUCGAUGUCCUUCAGGAUCAAACUCCUCCUCCUUCUGAUCAAAUCUCCGGCGAUAUAGACGACUCUUCUUCUUUAGGAAACUACAGCUCAAUAACGACCUUACAUCAACCAACUUCAGAUUUCACUGAAGAAUCAACCAGAAAGUAUCGCCAUCGAGAUGAUGAAGAAGAUGAUUUCGAAGGUGGAAGAAAAUCCAAACUCCCUGCAAUUUCAACGGUGGAUGAGAUGGCUGAAAAGUUCGAGCAAGUGUUGUUGGUGUGCAAAAGUGAUGAUCAUGGAGAAGCAACUCCGAACAAAACCGGACGAGCAAAGGGAUCAUCGAACCGAUCCAAGUCGCAAAACUCAGAUCAGCCAGUUGAUAUGAGGAAUCUCCUGAUGCAAUGCGCGCAAGCAGUGGCUAGCUUUGACCAUAGAAGAGCUGCUGAGAAACUGAAGGAGAUAAGAGAACACUCUUCUAGCCAGGGAGAUGCAACUCAGCGCCUCGGUUACCACUUUGCCGAGGCGCUUGAAGCACGUAUAACUGGAACGAUGACUACACCAGUAUCUGCUACAUCAAUGGUGGACAUUUUGAAGGCAUACAAGGCGUUUGUUCAGGGUUGCCCUACCUUGAUAAUGUCUUAUUUUACUGCAAACAGAACAAUCUUUGAGCUUGCUUCCAAAGCAACAACGCUUCACAUCAUUGAUUUUGGGAUUCUCUAUGGAUUUCAGUGGCCUUGUCUGAUCCAAGCCCUGUCAAAACGUCCAGGCGGACCACCAAUGCUCCGAGUGACUGGAAUCGAGCUGCCUCAGUCCGGAUUCCGCCCAUCAGAGCGGGUAGAAGACACCGGGAGAAGACUAAAGAGGUUCUGUGACAUGUUCAAAGUCCCAUUUGAGUACAGCUUCAUAGCCAAAAAGUGGGAGACCAUAACUCUCGAUGAGCUAGUGAUCAAAAGUGGAGAGACAACAGUUGUCAACUGCGUCCUUCGGCUACAGUACACGGCUGAUGAAACCGUGUCCCUGAAUUCUCCGAGAGACACGGCUCUGAAACUGUUCAGAGACAUCAAUCCUGACCUCUUUGUGUUUGCAGAGAUUAACGGGACGUACAAUUCGCCCUUCUUCCUAACAAGGUUCAGAGAAGCUCUGUUCCAUUGCUCAUCCCAUUUUGACAUGUAUGAGACCACAAUACAAGAAGAGAACGAUUGCAGGACACUGGUGGAGAGAGAGUUAAUCAUAAGAGAUGCAAUGAGUGUGAUCGCCUAUGAAGGCGCUGAGCGGUUUGCAAGGCCCGAGACUUACAAGCAAUGGCAGGUUAGGAUUCUAAGAGCAGGGUUUAGGCCAGUGAAAUUAAACAAACAGAUCAUGAAAGAUGGUAAGGAAAUAGUGAGAGAACGUUACCACAAAGAUUUCGUGAUUGACAACGAUAACCACUGGAUGUUUCAAGGCUGGAAAGGAAGAGUCCUCUAUGCUCUUUCCUGCUGGAAACCUGCUAAGAUGUAA